AUGAUUGAAGAAUCCAAAUAUUAUGCAGAUGAUAGCUCUGAAAAUGAUGAAUAUUCAUUGCCUAGCAAGCUGAUACUACUUGUUGAUACAACUUUGAAUGAUAAUUUAGAUAAUUUACUUAUUCCUGAUAUCCCCACAAAAGGUCAAAUUCUACUUCAUAAUAAUAAAGAUGUUAGCUAUGAAGACUCUCUGAAUUUCUUCUUCGACAAUGUACGUAAGUUAAAAGACUCUCCUCAACCAAUAACUAUAACCUUACAAUUCAGACUCGGCCUUCAUGAUGAUGGCUCUUCAUUGAAUGACUUAUUAGCUAAUUUCCUCCAAAAAUUAGGAUGUUUCAAAUUUAAAUUUUAUAUUUUUAAAAUCUAUUUCAAAGCUUUAGAUAUUAUUGGAUUUAGAUUUGAUACUGAUCUUAUUCCCAAAAUUUUAGAUUUAUCAGAAGAAGAUCAAGAAGCUAAUUAUUUAAAAAAUGUUAAUUUCCAUAUUGUAUUAGAUAUUUCUUGGUUGAAGGCUGAUAUUGAAGAAAUUCAUUUAGGUCAAAAGAUUAGAUUAGAUGGCUAUGAAUACUAUAAACUUGUGUUUCCAAAGUUAACUAAUCUUGGAUUCGAAUGUUAUGAUCUUGUCACAAGUCAUAAUUGGGCAGUAUUUUUGUAUCUAAAUAAUAAACAGAGAAAGAGCUUAAUUUUAAGAGAUUUUCAAUCAGGAAGAAUUUUUGUCAAUGUGAAAUUACGGGUUGAUAAACUUUAUUUAAUCGGAAGUGAAUUACCAAUAAUGAUGUUUGAAAUCAUUAAAUAUUUAUGGGAAGCAAAGGAAAUCCAUCUCUAUGGAACUGCACUCUGUUAUGAGGAUCUUGAAUGCAAUAUUAAUCAACUUCCCGUUGUUACCGAAACAAUCUAUUACCUGCCUAAUCCAAAUUCGCCUUCACAAGAUGCUGAUGUCUAUAACAAAGGAAUUAAAAAAUUCUGUUCAGAUAAUGAAAUUAGUUUAAUUGAAGUUCCCUUCUUACCGGAAUAUCAAACUGCUGUCAAAUCUACAAUGUUGCGAGGUAAACAUAGCUGUAUGCUCUGUGCAGCUGAUUUCCGGGAUAAUUGA